AUGAAUGAUAUAACAACAUUUUUAAAUGAUAUAGUUCCUCCUUUGAAAACUGAAGUAGAAUCAAAUUUUGCUGGUGAUUCCAUAAUAUGCCUAAAUGUUAAGUUUAAUAUUUUGUGUGAUCCUUUCAAACAUUUAAAUACUGAACAUAAAAGAUUUAAAGCAUUUCACAAAUUGGGUACAUUGAUAAAACCACUUGGUUCUGUUGUAGGUUAUAGACCAAAUGAUUCUCUCCAAAGAGGAGAUGUGAUUAUUAAAUCAAUUCCUGUCAAAAUCUAUAGUGUAGAACUAGAGAAAUUAUUUAGACAAUUUUUUGAAGUACCAAAUGUAUAUAAUACCUUUUUAAAAUAUUCAGAAACUAUAAUAGAAAACAAUGAUAAUUUGAUCCAUAAUUUUAUACAAAAAAUUAAUGAUUUGGAGUCCAGGGGUAUUCAAAUAUGUGUUGACAAUCAAAAUAUUUAA